CGUACAAAAGGCGAGGGGGCGGCGGGAAAGGCAUACAGGGCACCUCCAGUGGUAGAGCAGUAGAACUUGACCGUAGACCGUAGACGUUUCUUGUAGGGCCGAACGCGAACGACAUCAUGUCUCUCGCCGUGAAGAGCUUCAGACAUGGACUCGGCGCGCGGGGCCGUCCCGCAGGCUUGGCAACUCUCGCGCGAGCUCGGUUCUCCACCGCACAGGCCCUGCGCGCAGACAUCGACGCGUCGCCGCUCCAGCCAGGCAAGCAGAAGAGCAAGACGGGCACGCUCCCUCCGUACGGGCCCGUCGGCGUCGCCGCCGCGCUCGAGGCGCUCCCCGACCAUCCGGCGAAGCCAACCCUGUUCUCGCACGAGUUUGCGCUGACGGACCGCGUCGCGCUCGUCUCGGGCGCGAACCGCGGCCUCGGCCUCGAGAUGGCGAUGGCGCUCGCCGAGGCGGGCGCCCGCGCGGUGUACUGCGUCGACCUGCCCAAGCAGCCCGGUCCGGAGUGGACGAAGGUGAAGGAGUAUCUCAGCAGGAUGACGGGCCUGCAGGGCGAGGGGCGCUUGGAGUACGUCUCUGUGGACGUGACUGAUCAGGAGGCGAUCUGGAAGGUGGGCGAGACGAUUGGGGAUCGGGAGGGACGGAUGGAUGCGUGCAUCGCCGCUGCUGGGAUUCUCAAGCCGCAUACGGACUGUCUGAAGUAUCCCGCGAAGCAGUUCCAGGAGGUUAUGAACGUGAACGUAAACGGCGUGCUGUUCACGGCGCAGGCAGCAGGGAGGCAAAUGCGCCGCUUCGGCAACGGAGGCAGUAUUACUCUGAUUGCGAGUAUGAGUGGCUCGAUCACGAACAGAGGCGAGCCAUGGGUGUCAUACAACACAUCGAAAUCCGCCGUGCUCCAGAUGGCGCGCAGCAUGGCUUGCGAGCUCGGCCCCGAACGCAUAAGGGUGAACACGCUCAGCCCUGGACACAUCUACACGCAUAUGACCGCGCAGUUUGUCGACAAGAAUCCGGGGCUGGUGGAGAAGUGGUCGGAUCUGAACCCUAUGGGCCGGAUCGGGCGACCCGACGAGCUGAGGGGUGUGGUGACCUGGCUGGCGAGCGACGCAAGCACGUUCUGCACGGGUAGCGACAUGAUCGUAGACGGUGGCCACCGGGCAUGGUAGACGACGGCGGUCGCAUUUCUCUGGG